GACGCGCCGGCGUGCUGACGCGCGGGCUCGAGCCAAGGCCGAUUCCGCGCCCGCCAUGGCCGACAAAAUGGACAUGUCUUUGGACGACAUCAUUAAGCUGAACCGGAGCCAGCGAGGUGGCCGCGGCGGAGGCCGGGGCCGCGGCAGGGCCGGCUCCCAGGGCGGCCGUGGUGGCGGGGCGCAGGCCGCCGCGCGAGUGAACCGAGGCGGCGGGCCCAUCCGGAACCGGCCGGCCAUCGCCCGCGGCGCGGCAGGCGGCGGCGGCAGGAACCGGCCGGCGCCCUACNUCCAGCCGAAACAGCUUCCGGACAAGUGGCAGCAUGACCUGUUCGACAGCGGCUUCGGGGGCGGCGCAGGCGUCGAGACUGGGGGGAAACUGCUGGUGUCCAACCUGGAUUUCGGAGUGUCCGACGCUGACAUUCAGGAGCUCUUCGCUGAAUUCGGGACCCUGAAGAAGGCGGCUGUGCACUAUGACCGCUCCGGGCGCAGUUUAGGAACCGCCGACGUGCACUUUGAACGGAAGGCAGAUGCCCUGAAAGCUAUGAAGCAAUACAACGGGGUCCCCCUGGAUGGCCGCCCCAUGAACAUCCAGCUCGUCACGUCACAGAUUGACACGCAGCGGAGACCCACACAGAGUGUGAACAGAGGCGGGAUGACCAGAAACCGUGGCUCUGGGGGUUUUGGUGGCGGCGGCGGCACCCGAAGAGGGACCCGCGGAGGAAGCCGGGGCAGGGGCAGAGGCACGGGCCGGAGUUCAAAGCAGCAGCUUUCUGCAGAGGAGCUGGACGCCCAGCUGGACGCUUAUAACGCGAGGAUGGACACCAGCUAAAGCGCGGCAGAUCCUGGCAUGGAGCAGGACCCAGACGUCUCCUCCGUGCCCCUGGCUGGGAAGGGGUGGUGGACUGGGGCUGUGCGGCCAAUGAUGGAUUUGUUUCUUUUAUGUUUUAAAAUAGGAUUUAAAAACUCAUGUAAAGGU